AUGCCUGGAAAGUGUGUGCACAAGGGCUGUGGCAAGACUUUUGCCGACGACAAUGAAGAAUGCAACUAUCAUCCUGGUCCGCCAGAGUUUCACGAGGGCCAGAAAGGAUGGAAGUGUUGCAAGCCUCGCGUCUUAACCUUUGACGAAUUCAUGAACAUCCCUCCUUGCACAACCGGCAAGCACAGUACUGUAGACGACACGCCCGCCGAAGAACCCAAGACCGCUCCUGCCGAUGCUCCAACACUAGCUUCUGCACCCGCGCCUGCUUCUGAGCCAGCAGCACCUGCUCGCGCGCCUACAGCCCAGGCCCCACAACCACCUGCCUCGCCCGCACCGCCAGAGGACGAAGACGACGACCCAAACACUCCUGUCCCUGACAACGCAACCUGCAAGCGUAAGGCUUGUGGUGUAACACACAAAGGUGCUCCUCGCAGCGACGACGAAAACUGCCAACACCACCCGGGAGCCCCAAUCUUCCACGAAGGCAGCAAAGGCUGGUCAUGCUGCAAACGCCGCGUCUUGGAAUUUGACGAGUUCCUGCGUAUUCCUGGUUGCAAGACAAAGUCACGCCAUUUGUUUGUGGGUGCAAAGAAAGACGAUGGAGAGGAGAAGUUGGAGAGUGUGAGACACGACUUUUAUCAGACACCCGACAAGGUCAUGGCAAGUCUGUAUCUGAAGAAGAUCGACAAGGCCAUCUCAAAGGUCGAGUUCCAAGACAAGGCUGUGGAUUUGGACUUGAGGACGAGUGAUCGUAAGAGGUUCCAGCAGGUCGUACCACUCUUUGGUGCUAUCGACAAAACGAAGAGCGAGUUCAGCAUUAUGGGCACCAAGCUGGAGUUGAGAAUUGUCAAGGCAGACGGUGCUUCAUGGCCAGUCUUGCGUGGCGACGAGAAGCUUACUGGUGAGAUCAUCCAGAUGGGCCGCGCUGGAAGGGCAUGA